AUGGGUUUCAAAGGGAAUUUGUCCGGCCAUCGGAAACGUUCUAAGUCAACUUACGUCCUCGACGAGAAACUAGCAGAAGAGCUCCGCAUUCGUCUCUAUUUCAUCCCGCGCGGACAAGAAGCUCUUCGAGAUGACGAGAAAACUUCGGCAGAACUUCUACAAGAUGGCGUGAUUGACGGUGGCUGUGUAUCGCCUAUUUCGUCAAGGGCGGCGGUGACAUAUGCACACAAAUCUCACAAAGUACUACGAGAGUACGACGAAGGGCAGAAUGACGAGGUCAAUACGCACAGUCUUGUGGAGAUAAGAAAUGCUCAGGAUCACAGUAUUCGACACAAGAUGAAGGUGAUCGUUGUCGACACUCAUCACGACUUUGUUAUUCUUCGUUCAGUGGACGGAAGCGAGAUUUUUGAAGACUACCCGUAUUCCAAACGAUCACCGAAGACUUUUGAGUCGUUUAUCGGUUCGUCGAUUGAUGGCGAAGACUCCGGAGGCCCCUGCUACGCUGCUGAUCGCGCUCUCAUCGGCAUUAUGGUAGCUUCAACCACAACAGAUCCAAGGCUCAGCGCCGAAGAUGAUCGAGAAAGCAUAGAAGAAGAAAUUAUCGAGGCGUCUUCUCAUCCAGCUGAUACCUGGAUCACUCCGGCCCUGUUAAUCGCUGAAGCCUAUAAGAAUUAUCAAGUGAAGCAUGGUCUUCUACCCGUUCGACGAGAGAGGGCACCGCAUGGCCCCGCCGGAUCUCGUCAAGGAACUUGGCAAAUUGCCAAUUUUCGGUGUGAUGCGGCAACAAAGAUACCCGGCUACAUCUACGAGGGCCAAACCGUUUGGGCCCGCCUCAAACCAUGCGCCUUC